GUAGAAAGGGGCGUGAGAUUAUAAAACCGAGGUUCGCCGUAUGUCUCCUUGUACCUUCCACACAUUUAGUCCCUACCACCCACGGCCACCAUCUGCUGCUCCCGAAGCAGAGGCUCAUACAACGGCGUCAAGCCUGGAGCUUUAAAGACAGCAGCGGGGUACCCCGUUUAAAGCACCACGGUUCCUUCGACAUUGGAUUAGCUGAGUGAACUUUAUCACUAAAGCUAAGACCACCGUUGUUGCCGCCAUCCACCAGUCCCACAAAUCAGAACAAAAUGGUGCAAAACAAGAUCACCGAAGUAACCGGAUUCCAUCGCUCUUUUAAGGGCCAAAAUCCCUUUGAAUCAGAGGAAUUUUCCAAAGCAGGAUCCCAUCUCCUUGAAUCUGCCUUCAAUUUUGAUUGUUCCGCCCGACUUGACAUGCCAUCCAGCCAGCCCAUCGACAUCCCAGAUGCCAAAAAGAGAAACAAGAAGAAAAAGAGAUGCAGGGCAACAGACAGCUUCUCAGGGCGAUUUGAGGAUGUAUAUAAACUGCAAGAUGAGGUGCUGGGUGAAGGGGCCUAUGCCAGAGUCCAGACCUGCAUCAACCAAAUCACCCACAAAGAAUAUGCUGUGAAGAUCAUUGAGAAAAGGCCAGGACACAGCAGGAGUCGUGUUUUCAGAGAGGUGGAAAUGCUGUACCAAUGUCAGGGGCACAGAAAUAUUCUGGAGCUAGUGGAGUUCUUUGAGGAGGAGGACAAGUUUUACCUUGUGUUUGAGAAGCUGAGAGGAGGCUCUGUCUUGGCCCACAUUCACAAGAGGAGAUACUUCAGUGAGCAGGAAGCCAGCAUUGUGGUGCAGGACAUUGCGAGUGCACUAGACUUCCUUCACAAUAAAGGAAUGGCCCACAGAGACCUGAAGCCUGAAAACAUCUUGUGUGAACGCGAGGAAAGGAUUUCGCCUGUGAAGAUAUGCGAUUUUGAUCUUGGCAGUGGAAUUAAACUUAACAGUGACAGUUCACCCAUCUCCACUCCAGAACUUCUCACUCCAUGUGGAUCUGCUGAAUAUAUGGCGCCAGAAGUUGUGGAAGCCUUCAAUGAGGAGGCCACCAUCUAUGAUAAGCGCUGUGAUCUGUGGAGCCUGGGUGUCAUCCUUUACAUCAUGCUUAGUGGUUACCCUCCCUUCGUGGGCCGCUGUGGGAGCGACUGUGGAUGGGAGAACGGAGAACCUUGUCAAGCGUGUCAGAACACCUUGUUUGAAAGCAUCCAGGAGGGCAAGUAUGAGUUUCCAGAGAAAGAGUGGGCUCAUAUUUCCUCCAGUGCCAAAGACCUCAUUUCCAAACUGCUUGUGCGGGAUGCCAAGAAACGUCUCAGUGCUGCUCAGGUUCUCCAGCACCCCUGGGUACAAGGGGGUGCCUUUGACUGUCUCCCUUCCUCUAUCCUGCUGCAAAGGAAUAGCAGCACUAAGGACCUGACGUUCUUUGCGGGCAAGGCUGUUGCCAUGAAUCGGCAAUUAGCAGAGCAAGAUGACCUAGAAGAACAGCAGCUGCAGGACUCCCCUCAGGUCGUUACAGCCGGUGCCACGUCCAUGCGCCUCUCCCCUCCCUCCAACUCCAAACUGGCCAAGCGCAGACAGAGGAGUAGCCUGCUGAAAGGAGCGCCUGUGUCUGCCGCUGAGCUCAGGCAGCUCCUGGCACCGCUGGUAAUUGUGGGAGACUGUGCUUGAUCGGUUGAGCUGGGCUCCCUGUGAACAAUUUUCCAAUUUCAAAUGGACAAAGUAUCUGCUACCUUUUGUGCAAAUCUCUCUCUGUUUCUUUUGCCCACUUGAAUGUGACCCAGUCCUUUCCUACACAGUGGUUCAGUUUGUGCCUGUUGCAAAUCCAGUUUGCUUCUUUAGGCACUGGAGCAAAAGGUCCUACAGCACUUUGAUCAGCUCUCGACAGCAUGGGAAUUACCUUGAGAGCUCAAGGCGAAUGAACUGGACACUGUUCAGGACAGAGAAUGGGUUACACAAGCCAUUUGGAAAUUUGUCUAAAGGUAGAGCGUAAAAUACCAGCUCAGACACCAAAGGUCCAAUACCUUCCACCCCACUUCCUGAACCUCUUUUUGUGCUGCUUCCACAUUACAACUGUAUUCACUGUGAAUUUUCUCUGUGAGAGAUACAACUGCGUUUUAGUUUUCUUUCAGGAAUGUUCUUCCUCUAUGUGUGUAUGUGCAUAUAACCCCCUCCCCUUCAGCAGAUACUGAAGAUAUUGGUAUGUGCUUAUGCAACCCUGAUGAAGGCCCUAUUAUGACUUGCAUUACUUUAGCAGAGAUCUUGUAUAAGUGGAGCGAAGCUCUGAUAAUAGUGCCUCACCUAACUUAAUACAUCACUGUCCUUCCCCCACAGCCUUGUAAUUGCGUCAAGAAAUCCCCAUGACCAUUAAGAAUAGUUUGUGUCUUCUCUGUUACUCAAGCACUUCCGGAGUGUUUCCUUAUAGGUAGACUAUCCCAGCAGUCUGCUUUCGGGACAUUGGUUCCCCUAGUUGAGGAACCGGUAAAUGCAUUUGAUUUAAGGUGAAUAUGAGGUUUUCGCAAGACUGCAAUUGGAAUUGCAGCAUCAGAUGCUUCCAAACUGAUGUCUAGGAAACUGUAACUGUUUUCCUGUAAAUUUCACCCAAAUCUUACCAAUAACCGAUAAGAGUGACCUAUAAACAUUUCAGAGCACAACUGGGAUUGAGUGCAUGCUGGGAAGUGACCAGAUGGUUGCACAAGCACACGUCUGCCAAUGUGACUAUAUGAAUGACGAUGGUCGGUAUCAGAGUACUAUCCCAAUUUAAGGGGGGUUGAUUAUGGUACAGAAAUAUCGAACUAUCAGAUUGUGGAUGCCACCAAAAAGGAAACUAUAUAAAUAUUAAGAGGGGAGGAAGAAAUUAUUUUCAAGUAACAUAAAACAAAAAAUAAAUAAAUAUAUUUAAAAAAA